UCCAGUGAAAAUGCUGUCAUCGUGCCGUCAUAAGUGUAGUGGCAGCCUGGCAGACCCAGUUGGAAUAACGUUAUGAACAACUUAACCAAAACAGAGGAGGGUCUGACACUGGAUGCAUAUGAAAGCGUAACAUUAACAUUUUUAGUAUUGCAGCCAGAUAACAUUAGCAGCUAUUUAUGCUGCACAAAGCAGAGCUGGCGAAUAGCCUGAAUUAGGGUAGAGGUACAGGCAACAGUAGAGCCGCUUUGAUCCGAUGCAGGUAUGUGUUGUGAAUGUGACGCCGAAGGAAAUAUCACUAAGGACGGUUCGACUGGCUAAUGUUAGUUAGGUUAGCUAGCCACCUUGAUGCAAGUCACAUCCCCUUUGAAGAUGCAAGUCGCAUUGACUUGUUCUGAGCAGCGAGUGAGGGCUUAACUCUCCAACCCUGGAAGGUAAACAGACGUGAACCCUGCUCCAGGUUCAGAAUGAUGGCUGAGAUUCAUCCAAGAUUUCACUUUCUACCCCUUCUGUAACUUGCAGCUUUGUAACCCUUGCCUGUUGGUAAAUUUAAACUGGGUAAGCGCUGGCUCCACCUAUUGACUUGUCAUGGGACUUUAAUAGGAUAAUGUGAACUGACUUUAAAGAAAUACUGUCUUCCUUUUGACACCCUCCUGGCUAAAUGACAGGAUGAUUGACAAAUAUGAAAUAACUGCAGUUUGACGGGAUAUCACUUUCCUACUUAUCUGAGAUUGAUCUGUGGGAUUCAGUCCCAUCUCGAAUUUCUGUCCUGCUUUUUUUUUUUUAACCUUUUCCUGGGCCAUGGUUCGCAAGAAAGGCUCUCUUAUACUAUGUGGUGCCUUCCUGUUUGUUGCCUGGAAUGCUUUGCUUUUACUUUAUCUCUGGGGUCGCCCUCCGAUCGGUCGCCUCGGGGAAGGGGGAGGAGCUGAGCCAGGAGGAAAAGAGGAGUGGGGCGGAGGCAGAGGAAAAGAAGUUCAAGCCAACCUGGCUGGCGAGGUAAUCAGGUUGGCAGAGGAGGUUGAAUUUCAGCUUGAGACCCAGAAAAAGCUACUGAAGCAGAUUGAAAGUCAUAGGGCAGUCUGGGCUCGACAGAAGGAUGUUGGCAAAAGAGAAAUGGAUGACACAAAGGAAGUCCACCACCAAAUUCCUGUUAAAGACAGCAUAGGCGACAGGACCCAAACUGAAGUACAAUUGCAUCAGCCUGUUCAUAAAGAAGCUGCGUCAUUGGAACAGCACCUGGCCGUUGAAAUUAAGAAAGAAAUAAUUGGUUACACUAAAUUGCAGAGUUCUCCUGUUCCUCCAGAUGUUAUAAUUCCUAUUUUAGUUAUUGCCUGUGACAGGGUGACUGUAAAACGGAGUCUCGACAGACUAAUACAGUAUCGCCCUUCUUCUGAGCUACAUCCAAUCAUUGUCAGCCAAGACUGCGGCCACACCGAGACUGCUCAUGUGAUUGGAUCAUAUGGAAAUCAAGUUCUGCACAUAAAGCAACCAGACCUGUCAGACAUCAGAGUUCGACCAGAGCACAGGAAGUUCCAAGGCUACUACAAAAUUGCUCGACAUUACCGCUGGGCACUCAACCAGGUGUUUAACACAUUUUCCCACUCUACUGUGGUCAUAGUGGAGGAUGACUUGGAGGUGGCACCUGAUUUCUUUGAGUAUUUUAGCGCCUUGUACCCAAUCUUACGCUCAGAUCCCACCUUAUGGUGUGUUUCUGCCUGGAAUGAUAAUGGCAGAGAUGCCUUGGUGGAUCCAUCCAAAGCUGAGCUCCUUUACAGAACAGACUUCUUCCCUGGGCUGGGCUGGAUGCUGCUGAAGGAAAUGUGGUUUGAGCUGGAACCCAAGUGGCCCUCAGCUUUCUGGGAUGACUGGAUGCGUCAACCAGAGCAGCGCAAGGACCGCUCCUGCAUUCGUCCAGAAAUCUCUCGGACUAUUACUUUUGGACGGAAAGGUGUUAGUUUAGGUCAGUUCUUUGACCAGUACCUUCGUUAUAUUAGGCUAAACACUGAAUUUGUGCCUUUUACCAAGCAGGAUCUAUCUUAUUUGUUAAAAGAGAAAUACGAUGAAAUGUUUAUUAAAGAAGUUUACAGCGCCUCACUAGUGAGGAUUGAGGACCUGCAACAAGGAAGCAGUUUAAGGGGACUUGGACUAUACAGGGUACAAUACUCCAGCCGGGACAGUUUUAAAGUCCUUGCUCGAAACUUAGGGGUGAUGGAUGACUUAAAAUCUGGAGUUCCUCGUACAGGUUACAGAGGAGUGAUCUGCUUCCUGUACAAAGGUCGAAGGGUGUUCUUGGCCCCACCAGAGGGCUGGACGCAGUAUGACAUUAGCUGGAGCUGAGAGACUGAUCCAGACUGUACAAUGUGAAUGGUGUUGAAGAGGGGAGAGACCCAUUCUCUAAAGAAUACCCUCUCAGACCAAAGAUAAUUUUAGCAGACACAGUGGUUCAUAAAGGAAGUGAUGCCGUACAGGGUUCUUUGCAGCUGUGAGAUUAAGUUGUUACGGUUCAGGUUAAAGGGGUUAAGGAAGCUUCUAAAAAAAGGGUGCUCAUUUAAAACAAGCAAGUUCAGGUUCACACAGACUUCAACAAGACGUUUGUGUUACUUGUUUAAAAAGAAAAUUCCAACCAUAAACUGUUUUAUAACAUGCUAUGCUUUCUGGCCUUGUUUGGUGAUUUUUUUUUUAUUCUUGUGAAAUAAUGGCCAGAUGAAACUAAACACCACACUAUUGACUAAAUGCCAGAGGUUUGCAGAGACUGUAAGUGGAGUUUGUCAUUGUUAUGAUUUGUACAGAAAGUGCCUGUUUGUGUUGCUAAAAAUGAGCCGCAGUGUUUUGUGUAGCAAUUGGGGGAAAAAAAUGUAUAAAAUUCUAACAUUUAGGAAAGAUUUAAAGGAAUUGGUUGCAAUUAAUUCAACCCUCUAAGUUAUUCGACAUUUUGAUUUAACCUGCUACAAGGAAUUAGGUGAUAAGUCUGUCUAUAGAAAGUUGUGAUGUUAGAGGGCUAACAAAAAGAACAAGAAAGAAAAACAUAUGUGUGCAGGAAUCAGAGGUGCAGUUUGCUACGAGUCACUCUUGGAUUAGUCAAAAAUUUAAAUUUGGAUUUAGUGCACAACAGUAAACCAAAUGUGCAGUAACACUAAAUUGUUCAGUAUGUUUCAAAUGAAGCAGGUCAGGCCACAUUCAAAGGGAGUUUUUAGAACCAGUCCUGAAUCACUAUUAUAAAGGUCCAGCAAAACCACUGCUGUGUUUUUGAGUCUCAAAACAGUGAAUUGUAUUAAUAGGCACAACAGCACGCUUACGUUUCUAUGAUGAUAACUGCACUCAGGUUACUAAAGAAAGAAAACUUAAACAAAACAUGCCCACGCUGGCACAUCUGACCAAUCACUGUGGCUCAUCUAAUUUUGUCAGAAAGGACAUGAGACAAGCACUUCCUUUUUUGUCUUUAUUUUUUUUGGGCAGUUGAGUAUUAAAUGCAACUGUGCAAUGGAUGAAUGACAGAUGAUGUUUAGGAAAGUUCUAAUAUUUUUACAAAGCUGAAAACAAGAUUAAUUUUAAUUGGACCCCAGAUGCAGAGCAAAAUGUAACUCCACAACAACCAAACCACAGUUUUCUGAAAUAUCUAUGACUAAUAGUUUUCCAACAGUAAGACAGAGGAGUGGCUAGAAAUGUGAUUAUCACUGUACUGUAAUUAGCUUUGGAAGAUGGAUCCAUGUCUGUAUGGUGAUGAUAAAAAUCACUGCCUGAGGUGUUUAUAACUUUAUAACAGUAUAAUUAAAAACAAAUAUUUUGAUAUUUGUCAACAUGC